AGGAGGAACGCAGUGCCACCGCUUCUCCAGUCUCUCCAGAAACUCACCCCAAGCCUCGUUCAUCUCACUCCAUCCAUCUUCCCUCAAGAUGCACAAACAGGCCUGCAGUAGGGCAACAGCUGCCUGCGGUUUGGUGUUGCUGGUCCUCAUCCACCAGGUAUGCAGUCAUCCCGUUCCAGACAGCGUGUCAACCCAUCUUCAGAGCGGAGGGCUGCUAAGAAGGAUAGCUCGCAUGACACCCCUGUGGAGGAUCAUGGGAAGCAAGCCCCAUGGGGCCUACUGCAAGAACAACUACGAGUGUUCUACAGGAAUAUGCAGUGGUGGACAUUGUUCAUUUAGCCAGCCCAUCAAGUCUUAAAAGCAGAAAAGGACCACACUCAUUUCUCUCCAGGACCAACUGCAAUUACUAUACAACAAUAAACUGUUAGAAAACAGCUGAUAUAGAUAGUAAAUCAGUAAAAAAAAAAUGCUUUUCAUCUUGCUUUAAAAUGUUUUUAAAGAAACUUGUUGACACUAACAUAUAGUCUGGUAUAAGUAACUAGAUAUAUGCAAAUGGAUAGCUGUGUGACUAAAGUGGAAGGCAACUGAAAUGACUCAGGGGAACGACUUAAAAAGAAGAUGUAGUUUGCUGUUUUGAAUUUGAAUUCUAAAAACCAUAAAACAUUGACUUAAAUUCUUCUGGUCAUUACAUUCCUCGGUGCAAGUUUGUCCAUUCUUUUGCAUUGAUGUUAUUGUGUAUACAUCCAUGUAAGUAUGGGCCUAACUUUCAAGGUGCUAUGAGUGCAUAACUUAUGAAUUAUCAAAAAUGUUCCUAUGAUGAUAUUCCUGGUAGACAAUCAAGAGAUCAAGAGUACACAAUUGAAGAAGAACAAAUGAAAACCAAUGUAAUUGAUGGAUAUGGAAAUAAAAGGCAAAAGUUUCAGAAGUUGUUGGAAUGCAUCAUGAAAACCAUUGACAUCUAUGCAUGAAUUGUAAUAUACAGUAUAUGUAUUUAAUACCAAAUACUCAGGUGCAUGAAGUAUAGCUUCAAAUGAAUCAUUUACUUUUCUUCGGGUAUAUUUGCAUAUCUGCAUAAAUGCUAAAAUGUUGUUUUGUUCUUUUUGUUAUCAAAUAAAGCACUAUUUCUUUAUUUUUAAUAUAGUUUUUCACAGAAUUUUAUGCAAUCAUGAAUUUUUCUGGGUACUUGCAAAUUUUUGAGCCCUAGAUCAUUAUGGCAACAGUUAAUGGGUGAUCCAAUAAGUGCCUUAUAUAUUUAUCCAUUUCCAGCUGUUAGAAAGUUCAGAUUGCAUAGUGCUGGAGGUUUAAUACAUAUUGGUUGAUUUACCAUGGUGUUACAAAUGCACGUGCUCAAAUGGUCUUUGUUACAAUCGUGUUUAGCUAGAUAUUUGAAGACUGUACUGUAAAUCAUUACUGUCAUUGUACUGUGACUUGUCCCAUGCACAAUGUGUGCUCUUUUUUGUACCAAAAAACUUAAGUCUGACAUUUUCUCCAAAUAAAUGUUUUGAAUGCAA